CUUAGUAUUACAUUUUUUAUACAACAUUAUUUGACAUUUUGCAAAAAACUAUAGUAUAACAUUUUUUAUAAAAGACUGAAAAAAAUAGUUAUUAUAUUAAUAAGCAGUUCUUAGAAGUUAUAACAGAAAAUUUGAAAAGUAAUAUGAAUGAGUCGAAUGGAACUUGCUACGAACCUAAUACAACAAAAAAUUCUCAUCAAGUUGAAUUUUUAUUUUUAGUUAUAAAUACACUACUGUGUGUGAUAGGACUUGGAACUAAUUUAUUUAUAGGAAUUGCGUUUUACAAAAAUCGUGCGGCCUUAAAAACUCCAUCCAAUCGACUAGUGUUUAGUCUAUUGAUUAGCGAUACUUUAUCUGGUAUAAAUGUUAUGGCGCAGAUCACAAUAUCUUUAAAAUUUAAACAUAUUAUUGUUGUAAGGAUAUUUGAUGACAUCAUAACAGCUUUUUUAGCUUACAAUGUUGUUUUGCAUUUAUGUGGCAUUACUUUAGAUAGGUUUAUUGCUGUGUAUUUUGCAUUGAAAUAUAAAAAAAUUGUAACAUUAACAUUUAUUACAAGGUACAUAAAAGUAGCUUGGUUAUUAUCAAUUUUUGCUUCAGGAAUACAACUCGUAUGGGUUUAUGCAGAUUUGAAAAAUGAAAAAGGUUUUUAUGGAAGGAGUGAUGAAGAACGUAUCAAAAUAACAAAUAUAGAGAAAUGGUACAGCUUUGCAAUUCUUUUGAUUUUUUUACUAUUCCCUAUGAUGUUUUUAGGGUUAGCAUUAAGUGCUAUGUUUUAUGAAAUACGGAAAAUACUCUUAAAAACAAAACUUCUGAUAAUUGAGAAACCUUGCUGUGUAAAAACAAAACAAUUAAGAGUUAUCUACAUGUUUACUUGCAUGUAUGUUUGUUUCUUUAUUUUUGCAAUGCCAUAUUUCACAAUAAGAAUGGUGGAAGAUUUUCAAAUAUGGUGUGCAAGUCAAGUUAUAUUGCAAAUUGUUUACACAUUGAAAAGUACACCUCACUUUGUAAACUCUAUUUUGUAUUCGUUUUUUAACAAGAAGAUGAAAAACAAUUUAAAAUAUUUGAUUAAAGCUUGUUUGAAAAAAGCAAUUUGUUCAAAAGAAGAUUUACAAAAAACUAAUUCUCUUAUUUACUGAAAGUUGAUAGAAUCACGUGACAAAUUUGAAUGUAUUUUAUUUUUAAUUAUUUGUUGUAGCUUGGGGCUUAAUGAUAAGACUUUGGGGCUUAAUGAUAAGACUUUGGGGC